UCGCGCUGCGAGAGAGAGAGAGAGCGAGGCCGCGUCCCCUUGUCGCCGCCCGGCCGCGCCGCCGCCGCGCUCCUCAGCUAUGUCCGGCCCCGGCAGCGGCGGCGAGUUUGGCAACCCGCUGCGCAAGUUCAAGCUGGUCUUCCUGGGCGAGCAGAGCGUUGGGAAGACAUCCCUGAUCACCAGGUUUAUGUAUGACAGUUUUGACAACACUUAUCAGGCAACCAUUGGAAUAGAUUUCCUGUCAAAAACCAUGUAUCUAGAAGACCGCACGCAGGUUCGGCUGCAGCUUUGGGACACAGCAGGUCAGGAGCGGUUCCGCAGCCUCAUUCCCAGCUACAUCCGCGACUCCACCAUUGCUGUGGUAGUCUAUGACAUUACAAACCUGAACUCCUUCCAGCAAACCUCCAAGUGGAUUGAUGAUGUUCGAACAGAGAGAGGAAGUGAUGUCAUCAUCAUGUUGGUGGGGAAUAAAACUGAUCUGGCAGACAAGAGGCAAAUCACCACGGAAGAAGGUGAGCAGAGAGCCAAAGAAUUGAAUGUGAUGUUUAUCGAGACCAGUGCAAAGACUGGCUACAAUGUGAAACAGCUUUUCCGCCGUGUGGCUGCUGCGUUACCUGGGAUGGACAGCACACCUGAAAAGAGCAAAGAAGACAUGAUCGACAUCAAACUAGAGAAGCCUCCUGAGCAGCCAGUAACAGAGAGUAGCUGCUCCUGCUAAAGUGCCCAUUGUGUAGCAGCACUUUCCCCAAUUGGCCAGUCUCACUGAAGAGCAUCACUUCUCAUUGGCUAGGCAAACCAACUUUCUGUGGGCUAAAAAAAUCUACUAAGCGAGCGAACUCCCUGUUUGCUGGUGGGGAGCAGCCCUGGCCGCCCCUCUUACUGCAUGGUACGAGCCCUGAACUCAGAAUGAGUGUCCUGUCCUUCUUUAGUUGUUGCACUUUGGCACCAUGGUGCCCUUUACUCUGUUCCCCACCUUGGGCCUAUCUGCUCAGAUGUAUCUUCUUCCUGCAAAUGCAACGGGAAAGCCGUCAAGUUAGGGAAAACAAAAAUACAGCUGGAGGUGGGCUCUCCACCUUCCUAAUUGCCUUGCAUCUCAACUGGUUUCCCUUCCACUCCAGUAAUGUUUUUUUUUUUCCAUCCAGCUUCCCUACUUCCUUUUUAGAAGCUGCUCCUUUAAAACUAGUCACAAUUGGACUUGGCCUUGCCUGUUUGGACAGUGGGGGGUGAUCUGUUUCCCUGCCUUGCUUCCUGAAGGGUGCACACAUUAACAACUCCCGUUUCUUUCUCCCCCUCCAGUGGAUGGUCACAUCUAAUUCCUGCCCCCUCAUCCUUGCAGUUCGGGAGAAGGAACUUCUCUACCUUGCUGUUCUACCCAUUGGUGUGAGUGUAGCAUGGGGCAGUCCUCUCCCAAACCGUUCCAGCACAAGCCAUUUAUCUUGCUGCUGGCUUUGCCCUCCAGGUGGGAAGAAUUCCCUGAGACUGCUACAUUGGGGCAGAUGCUUCACCUGUCCUCUCCCUGGAGAAUGUUAGUGCUCAAUGAAUGCUGCCAGUUGGAUGUGGAAGAGGAAGGUAGGCUGGUUUGGUGCAGUAUGAAAUCUCUUGGGGAGUUGGGUCCAGUCUGUUUUUGACAAUCUGGGCUCUAUCUGCUGAUGGCAGGUAAAGAUAGAGUUGCCUAGAAUUCAUGACAGAAGUGUCAGGAUUUGGCUGGGGAGUCCCGUGGCCAUUCUUCUCUUUUGCUUUUCCGUCCUUUCUGUUUUCUCCUCCUCCUUCCAUCUGCAGACAGACUGGGGAACUGCUCCUGUGGAACAUGCACAUGCUCUUCUCUUUAUUAGGCAGAGUAGGAUACAAGCUUCACAGUUGGAAGGAAGUGGGGGUGGAAAUGGAGCUUGCACUGCACAGGUGGCUCAGUACCGGUGGUACCAGACCAUAUGCUAGAAGUAUUGCUAGGCUCUUCAUGGGAUUGAAUGCAAGAGAUUAACUUUAUUAUUGAUUAUCCAGCCUGUUGUCCAUGGAAUGGGAUGCGUCUCCCCUCUGCCUGCCUUUAGUCUUCAGUGGGGAAUCUCCCUGCCCUUCUGUGUAAUGGGGAUGAUGUUGGGCCAUAACAUUGUGGGAGCAGUAGAAUAUGAGAGUUCACUUCAGAAAAGUGGAAAGUAGGAUUCGAGCAGGCUGCUGUUAAUUGAGAGGAGGCCUUGCUGUCUGGUUGCUUCUGUGCCACAUGCUAGAUGUGAGAGUACAUGUACCUUUUCCAGCUGUCUUAAAGGGGAUUUUGUAAGUGACCUGUCUCUGUCCAUAUCCACAUCUCUGCAGUGCUGAGUUCUGUCCAUUGGCAGGAGGAGGAAAAAAGAGUGAGAUAGUAGUAGAGUCCUCUUAGACCCCGUAGUUGUACAUGUAGCCUGUGCAUUGUUGGCAGAGUAGAUCUUGAGGGAAAGGGAGCGACUGUGCUGGAAUGGGUGAGGGCAGGGGACUAUAGCAUGAGGCAGGUUAAAUGAAUUCCCCCUUCCACCACCUUUGCCUUCUUGGUCACUGACCUGGCUCUCUGCACUUUGGAACCUGCUGGCCUGUGCCUGGUGAGGGAGGGACUGGUACUCUUUAUCUGCAUGACCUAACCUUAACCCUGGCCACCCUGGAAUUCCCAGGAGUGGGAGCUUUCAGCUAAUGACAUUGGGGCUGCUUCUGUCUAGGCUAGGUGGACUUGAUGACUGCAGCACCUGCCAGGCUUUCACCUCUUAGUCACUAAAGUAGUGAAUCUUGGGCAGCAUUUGUCCCAUCCUCUCCACGUAAGCUGACCUGCAGGGGGAAGAUGGGAUGUUAUGUUGUUUCUUCUUAUUCUGGAGUGUGCCCCCUUUCUUACCAAAACCUCAAAUGGCCUAGUCCAAGCCCAUUGACCCUAAUGCCUGUGUGAAGUCCUGUUCCAUUGUGUGUAUGUGCUCCCUGUUGUGUGGGAAUUGCUGAUGUUUUGUCAGUGUGUCUAUGUCUGCAGUAGAACAGGUUUCUCUGUCCCCUUCUCACAGUCAGAUAGGCCCUGCCUCUGCUGUCAUAUUGUUCUCAAAUCACUG